CGGCGUGUUAGUAGAUAUUUGGCAACUGAAGUGUUAGGUAAGCCUAAAUGAUACGUAAAAAGAAACCCCGCGAGCAAGAUCUUGAGCAAGAUACCCGCGAGAAAGAAACGGCGCCUUAUUCCUUGCCUUAUUCCCAGUGAGUGACAAAUCAAAAUACCCAUUGCAAAGUGUGAAAAAUUCGCAGACACAAGAGACUUAUCCACAACAAUGAACGACGGUGCCACAGAGAGCUGCUCUCAGAUUUUGAGGGUGAAGGAGGAGGUGAAAGAAGAGGAUUUGUCAGCACCAGAGGAUGGUUCUUCAGCAGACGAAUGCCUGAUGCUUCAGGAGCCGCAAGAGAGUUGUAGGGAUGCUGUUAACAUCAAGCCUGAGCUGCCAUCCCAGAUCGGUGAUAGCCGGGAGAUCAUAGUCAAGGCUGAAGAUGACGACUGGGACGCCAAGUGGAGGGUGGAUGUUCCCGACCGGGACCCGCUGGAGCUGGCGCCCGACACUAAGAAGGCUUUCCUCGGCGAUGGCGCUGUCAAGGAGGAGUCCGAGGCUUCCAUUGCCGCCGUCGGCGAAGGAGACCAGGCGACAGGCUCAACAGGCGGACUGGCAACGGUCGGUUGUCCUCACUGCGACUUCAGCUGUCCGGGACAAGAUCUUCUGAACAGGCACGUCAAGGAUAAACACGGUCACAUCGGCAGGGACGGCAAAUUGAAGUGUCAGUGGUCUCAUUACUCUACGAACCAUUCCGGCAGCAUGGCAAAACACCUCCGUACGCACACGAGAGAGCGGCCGUACCGCUGUGAUAUAUGUGACAAAACGUUUUCUUUUCAGAGUCAUUUGACCAGGCACCGCCGUGUACACACGGGAGAGCGGCCGUACCGCUGUGGUGUAUGUAAUAAGUCGUUUUCUGAGCCCAGUAAGCUGACCAUCCACCGCCGUACACAUACGGGAGACCUGCCGUACCGCUGUGAUGUAUGUGACAAGGCGUUUGAUGUACAUGAUAAGCUGACCCGCCACCGCCGCACACACACGGGAGAGCGGCCGUACCGCUGUGAUAUAUGCAUCAAGGGGUUUUCCCAGCAACAUAAUCUCGUUAUACACCGCCGUAGGCACACUGGAGAGCGGCCGCACCGCUGUGAAACGUGUGACAAAACGUUUGCUGAUCAAAGUGGUCUGGCCGUCCACCGCCGUACACACACGGGUGAGCGUCCGUUCCGCUGUGAUCUGUGUAAUAAGUCGUUUUCUCAAGCUAGUGGUCUGGCCACCCACCGCCGUACACACACGGGAGAGCGGCCGUACCGCUGUGAUGUGUGUGACAAGGCAUUUGCUGUACAAAGUAGUCUGGCCGUCCACCGCCGUACACACACGGGAGAGCGGCCGUACCGCUGUGAUCUGUGUAAUGAGUCGUUUUCUCAGAUGUCUCAUUUAACUUACCACCGCCGCACACACACGGGAGAGCGGCCGUACCGCUGCGAUGUGUGUGACAAAACCUUUGCUGUACAAGGUGGUCUUACCAAGCACCGACGUACAUCGCACCUCUAAAGUGAUGUGCGGUUUUACAAAUAUCUACAGAUGGCUUUGACUGACGGUUUCUAAAUGAUCCAGGAGUAGACAGCAGAAGCCAAACACGCAGCUGCAAGGAUGACGAAACAUGUAAGGUUUAAGGUGCGUUCGGAGAGGCACAUUGCACAAUGCACAUGGAAUAUUUCAUGCGCGCGGAAUAUUCCCGGAGAUUGGCCGUUCGGGAGCCGUUCCCGUGGAAAUUCACCGUGGAUUCCCGGGGAACGCGUUGAAUCUGAAAAGCAUGUUUUGCGUCAUUCCCGCCAAGAUGGCGGCGCCCACAGGAGCGAUGGCUACGUAAAUUCAGUGGGUUUUAUUAGUUGUUGAUGAUUAAUUUUGUUACUUUUGUUGCAUCUAUGCACUAAGUAGAUGCUUUUUUCGAUUGUUAUUCCUGCAAGACGUCUACAAUAGGUACAAAACAUUGUUCUUCAUAACUGUUUUUGUACAUUAUUUCAUAGCAAUAUGUUUUUAAGCCUUAACAUAUUCCAGAUAAAAUUCUUCCAAAUUUAACUUAUGAAACGUGGCACGCGACACGGGGAAUAUUCCCGGGGACGCCGACGGUGAAUAUUCCAUGCUCUCCGAACGCACCCAUAGUCGCUCUUGAAAGUAUCGCCUCAUGGGCUGCAGCGGCUCCGUGAACUAUUUCAUUCGGUUUGAGGACCCCAGCAGUGAGGUUAUGGCCAGUAUCGUAAAAAGUACGCUGUGUCACGAUCCUACGCCAGCGAUAGAAGGAAAACUGCUAUAUGACGCAGGCACCGGCGGCUGACAACUGGGUCGAAAUAGGUGGAGGCCGGCCCAGAGGUCAUGCUCGUGUCGCUCUUCCUUGACCCCGUCCACCGCCCCAGGCCCCACUUGGGUUCACCAGCCGGGCGCUCAGUGGUCUGCUUUAGUGGGCGCCAAUCACUGUUAACUCUUUUUUUUAUCUAUAUUUAAUUAACCCACGAGCCGCUGGGAGGGCCAUAAAGUUGCCCCCCUUUACGUUUGGUGUAAUAUCUCCGAAACCGGAUGAGAUACGAAGCUGAAACUUGGCAUAGCUUCAAAUGAAUACCUAGCGCAUAUUUGAGGAAUGUUUGGUGGUUGUAGCACAUAAGAUGACGUCACAGUGUCGUCAUAAAGUUUUGUCGUUUUCCGAUAUGGAGCGUUUCCGAUGUCGCUGACCACGAAACGCAACGGUAAAUGAUCUAAACAGCACCUGUUGUCAUUCUGACAUAUCUAAGUACACUUUCAACUAGAUCCUAACCAGUGAUCGGCCCUAUAUAUUCGGUCUCAUAUGUCGGAUAUAUCGCGAGGAAACCCAGAGACGCAAAUCUAUAAUUGGGCUUCUGACGUAACUGUGACGUCAUUUCAAGUGGGGUCGACACCAAAUUUGGACACAACCUCGGCUAGGUAUUCAGGAAUAUGUGUGCAAAGUUUCGUUUCUCUAUCUCUUCGCGUUGCGACGAUAUCGUCGGAGAAGUAAAGGGGGGGGGGGCAACUAUAUGCCCCCCCCCCCAGCGGCUGGCGGCUGGCGCGGAGGCCCAGCGGCCGCCGGGUUCAUGAUACAUGAUUCAGAACAGAACAUUCAAGACACAUGCCAUGAGAUUCAGAAAAAGACAAACAACGGGCAACGUUUCCUUAAACUCCCACUUCUUACCACGCAUGACAUUCUCACGCUCGCGGCAGACACUUUUGAAAACCCCCGCUAACGAUGUCAGCGGAGCUAUCAGCACCACGCGACGUGGUGUGUGGCCCGCCUGGCCAAGCCGGGGGUGUCCCAUCAUGGACUAAAGAACCGCCCCGGCCCCGGGGAGAUCUGGGGGAUAUCUCUCCAGCCGGGGAGAGCUGUGGGUUACCUCCAAUCACUGUCAACUCAGUGUGCGUGACGCGUAAAAUUACAACGAAGCAAAGUUCCGUCAUAACCCUACUCUGAAGAGGCCUUCUGAACGACGCAAACAGGUCAUGGGGGGGGGGGGCCUGGCAUCAAAUAAGGCUCUUAAAAAGAAGACGGCUGAUGGGUAAAUAUCUGUUUUUGUCGCCGUUCACUAACCGGCUUAUUCAAAAAGAGGACGUUCAAAUAAAGGACUAAGUGGCGAGUGUAUAUUUUUGUGAUUUGAAUCCGCUCGCGGGUGCACCUGCAACCACGGAUGUUAGGAUGAUGUUAGGACUGGCUGUUAGCGGGUGUAACUGAUUUUUUUUCGCAUUCGUGCACGAGUUUCCGGAUUAUACAGAAAGUCUAUGGUAGUCGUGCCGAUGGCGGGUCAAAUUUUCAGCUUUAUAAUGAAACAAAUCUCAACAAAUUCUCUGCGAGUAAGGUGGCUUUCGUUGACCACAUGCUUACUUCCAUCACAAGUUACCGCGCGGCGACCGCCUCCCCCCCCCCCCAUCCCUCCACAACCACUCCCCUCGCCCCGCCGCACUUGCUGCCACCGCGUGUCAGGCUCCGGUCAGUGCUACCAGUGGUUCUCAAACCUUUCCGCUCAACCGCGGCUGGGACAGGUGAAGCCCUCCCCCCAGAGUCGUGAUAUUUUCAAGGGAGACUAUACAUUCAAAGUUUUAUUGCAGACUGGCAAUUCGUUCCUAAAAUACAAAUGCAAAGCAUAACCACAACUGAAGCCGCGCAUUACUUCUGCGGUGGACGCUACAUGCACGGGUGGACGGCCACACUGAUGUGCCAUACCUAUGUGUGACGUGACAGGACAUUUUUGUCGGCCAUCUAACCUGGUUAAACAUUACCGAUGUCAUGCACGCUGAUCGGUCUGAAGGGUGGUGCGGUACCGUCGAAAUGUCGGCCAAGCUCCGUGUCAUGGAACGGCCGUAUACGGCUGUCCCACCUACACUGUAAUCAUACAAUUACACAUACGGGCCCACGGUGUGCUAUAGAAACGUGUAAAUAUGAUACGUCGUGUAAAGAGUGGACAUCCUCUACAUUUGUGAGCCGACUGUGUUUUGUAGUGUACGUGGUGAAACAAACAUGGCUGGCAAUACAACCGGAUGGAGAAAA